GUAUUGUCGCAUCUCAUUUAGAAUUUAACAACAGAUGAUGGAUAACUUGGAUGAUAUAAAAGAGCAUUAUACUGGAGCUGUAGUUUUGCUAGCAUUUCUUAUGGUGAUUGGAUUCAUUGGCAAUCUUCAUGUGCUUUUUGUGUACACAUUUCGGCUUAAACCUUCCAAUCACGGGAUCUAUAUUCUUUUUCUGAGUGUUCAGGAUGUCAUUGCGUGCUCCCUUCAUAUCCCUGAAAAAAUAUAUGUAUACAAUAAUUUUUGGACAUAUGGGAGUGAAUUCAUAUGCAGAUUCCAUGUAUUUUCCUCAACUUUUAUUCUUACCGCAGCUGCUUUCACACUGCUUUUAAUUGCUGCAGAUAGGUAUCGAAAAAUAUGUUGUCCGCUUGGAUGGCAAAUAAAAAGAAGAAUCGCUAAAUUGUUAUGCAUUACUGUUCUGAUUUCCGCCUGUUUAUGUUCAUGGCCGCAUUUAGUACUAAAUGUACCAAAAACGAUAGAAUUGAAUAAUCGUACUAUCACAGUUUGUGGCACCGUUGACGGAUAUAGGAAAUAUCAACAAUAUCAUCUUAUUGUAAUGGCUACCAUAUUUCUUGGAUCGUUAUGCAUCCUUACUUGUCUCUAUGUGUUGAUCCUUAAAUCAACAGCGAAAUAUUACUCUAGGGUCAAGUUGAACACAAAAGGCACUGAGAAAUAUCCAAAAGGUAUCAGUAAAACUUCCGAAGCACAAGAUGAGUAUGAAUCUAAUGAAAUUAUGACACUACCAGAAGCGGGAUUUAUGAAGCUAUGCGACGAUGGAAAACCGCAAGACAAUUUUAAUUUCGAUCCAAAUGCAAAGGAACCGAAAUUGUCCAAUUGUAAUGACAGACCAACUUGUAUGGAAAAAUGUAAUGUCGGUUCAAAAAGAACAAGCAGGUCAAAGAAAACCACAACUGUUUUCAUCUUGAUAACUGUGCUGUAUUUUAUUAGCUAUUUUCCAUAUAUAGCUGUACAAGCUUUUCUUGUUUAUGGGCUGUUAACUCCCUCUUUGACAUCCAGAAUUGUGGUUAGUAUAGUUAACUCUUUUGUAUUUAUCAACAGCGUGGUAAACUGUUUCAUAUACAGUUGUUUUGAUCGUCGUUUCAGACAUGAGAUAGUGGUUAUGUAUAAAACACUAUGGCACAUGUGCAAACAUGAACAAACAUUUAGGAAGUCGUACUCGUAGUGUCAAGUGUAUAAAAUAUAAAUUAUAAUAUCUGUUUGUAAUUUAUUGUUUUAGAUCAUAUAUGGUAAAGGUAUAGGAAGGUCGCGGUAAAAUCUGUAAGAACUAUCAUGGUAUGUUGUUUAACUGGUAUUAAAGUACAGCUACUGGACUGACAGGUUCAGAUGUAUAAUCAUGUCAAAUGAAAUGUGAUACAAUUUAUGAAUAGUAUAGAAUAAAACAGAAAAAUGUAUGACGAUUUGGAAUACUAGUACAUGUAUUUUGCUAUCUUAAUCUGUACUGAAAGUAAUUAUUUAUUCAUAACUUAAAAAGAUAUCAUUUUCAUCCCAAAUAGUUCACAAUUUACAAACAUAUAGCGCCAAAUGUGUAAAGUACUUCAAUGACAUGUAUUUCAUGCAUUUAUUUGCCUAAUUCAACGGAUAGUAAAGUAAAAUAAUCAUUUCUAAGACAGAGCAGCUGUAUAUUUUCUCGGUAAAUAUUAGCGUCAAUAAAAUGCAUUCUUAUAAUAUGUAUAUUGUGUUUACUGUAAUAAUUGCAUAGGAGGACAAGCAAUUAUAGCAAUAAGAUACGCUUACUUACUGGCAAUGUCAUGUGUAUUAUCAGGAAACUGUUGUACAACAACGGACACAUAUACACUUUGUCAGGAAACUUUUGUUCAAAAUAAUGGGCCCAUAUACACUGACAAUGUCAAGUGUGUUAUCAGGAAACUAUAGUACAACAACGAACACAUAUACUGACUAUAUCAACUGUACUAUCAGGAACCUGUUCAACAACGGACACAUAUAUAGUGACAAUUUCAAGUGUAUUAUCAGGAAGCACUUUUUCUGUAUGAAUGGGCACAUAUACACUGAAAAUGGCAAGCAAAUAAUCAGGAAACUAUAAAACAACAAUGUCAAGUACAUUAUCGGGACACUAAAGUAAAGAAACAGACAAGGUGAAGCGUAUGAUCAGAAAAUACUGAUAAUGUCAAGUAUAUUAUCAGGCAGCUAUAGAACAACAACAUACACAUAUAUAUUAACAAUAUCGAUUGUAUUACAGGAAACUGUAGUACAGCAACGCACACAUGUACACAUAUUUGAUGAAACUGUCGAUUACAACGGAAAUACAUGUGUUGAAAAGAUCAAAUCAAUAAUCAGAUAUCGUAGUACUUAUUGCCGAAACGUUUGCAUAACUUUUUCACUGCUGUGUCAAUUUGUUGAUAAAAUUAUAUUUCCUUUUCUUAUUUGACAGGAUCAGUCGUAUGUUGUUAAUGGUGCAAGUUUAUUCUACAAGGUGUCAUGACUGAUAUUGUUUAUCCCGAUAACUAAGACAAAAGGAGUCCACCAUGAUAGAGAAACGAAACAUGUGUGCAUACUGAUAAAACUAACAACGGGGCUAUACUUCCAAAAGAAUGUAUUAACAUAUCAUGCCAUACAAUGAGCUUUAAAUGUUUUUUACCACUUGACAAUUAUCAUAGAAAAAUCUGCGAAAAUUUCAUUAAAUCCAUAUUGCAGUAUUGUGUAAUACAAAAAACCAAAUUAUUGCUUCCGUUUAGUGUUUAUGUCAAUAAAAAACUGCUGGCUUAAGGAAUAUGCGCAAACAUGCUACAUAAUAUUCACUCAUAUGUUUGUGUAUAUGUAUGAUUUUGAGAAAUAAAUGUUAUACUGCCUA